AGGACAUGCGCACUUCAGCCUGCGCCAUAGAUUGACAGUCGAAAACUCUUUUGCUGUACAUUUACCAUGCUGUGACUGUCUGUUUAAACUUUUCAACACAAAGUUUCCAUUUUUGAAUGUAUUGUGAUGUGCUUUCAUUUUGACAUACAGAAUGGCAUGCCUAACCAAACUUAAACAAGACAUAAAACUUCUCGAAAGAGCCUUCCCUAAAGAAAGUGACAGAUCUUUUAGAAUUUUGUCAGCUUCAGUAGACGAAAUAAAUUGCGUUUUUAUUGAUGAUAGCGGAAGCAAACAUCGAAUAAAUGCUAAUAUAACGGAGUCUUAUCCACAGUCACCUCCUAUAUGGUUCAGUGAAGAUGAAGAUCAGAAUAUCAGCUCAACAAUUGAAAGCAUAAGUGAAACAACAUCCAAUAAUUAUGGAAUAAUAAAUCAGGUGAAGAUACUGAUACAGGAACUAUGUACAGUACAUCAUAUUCCAUUGCCUGAUUCUCUUGGUAUGCUUGGUGGACCAGUCUUAGAAAAGGAACCUGUGGUAGUAAAGGCACAUGAAAGUUCAGAUGAAGAUGAUGAUGAAGAUUUUAUGGCAAUGGAAGAUGACACACAUCAUGAGAGUAAAUUUAAAGAAAAUGUUGAUGGUAUUGAUACAGAGAACAUUGUCAUCCUAGAGAAGUUAAAGCAGAAUCAACGAAAAGAUUAUUUACAGGGAUCAGUCAGUGGUUCUGUUUUAGCUACAGACAGACUUAUGAAAGAACUGAGAGAUAUAUAUAGGUCUGAUAGUUAUAAAAAAGGUAUUUAUUCAGUAGAUCUAGUCAAUGACAGCCUCUAUGAAUGGAGUAUUAAAUUAAGAAAGGUUGAUCCUGAUAGCACACUUCAUGGAGAUCUUGAAAGUUAUAAGGAAAAAAUGGGAAGAGAUCAUAUAUUAUUAAACUUUACUUAUAAAGAUAAUUUUCCCUGUGAGCCACCCUUUGUAAGAGUUGUUACCCCUGUAUUACAAGGUGGUUAUGUCCUCGGUGGUGGAGCAAUAUGUAUGGAGCUUCUCACUAGACAGGGUUGGAGUAGUGCCUACAAUAUAGAAUCUGUCAUACUACAGAUAUCAGCCACACUUGUCAAAGGGAAAGCUCGAAUUCAGUUUGGAGCACCCAAGAACCAAUACAGUCUUGCAAGAGCCCAACAGUCUUUCAAAUCUUUAGUUCAGAUACAUGAAAAAAAUGGCUGGUUUACGCCUCCAAAAGAAGAUGGAUAGCACACAAUAUCUUAAGUUUUCUCAGUUUAUUGUUAGUCAUUGUUAUAGCUUGCAUGAGAUGAGUAGAAUGAUACAGACUUAAAACAUUCACAAGAUCAUGAACAGAUUAAAUCAUUAUCCAUGUUGAUUAGAAGCUUGAGUGAUAUUCAAAAUAGAGGGACAACUGCUUUCUAUUUUACCAUAAAUAAAAAUUAGAUUUGUAUAUUAAAAAAAAUAUUCGGAAGUACAAAUAAUGUUAAAAUGUAAUGAAAUAGGAACUUCUGUGAUAUUUCUGUAUGAACUAAAAGCAGACAUAGAUCAUUGAUUAAAAAAAUGUAUUUCUUAUAAAUACUAAGAAUUUUUUCAGCUUAGUAUAAAACCGGGGUUUCAUACAGAGAUUUACCUCAUAUUUUGUCUUAGCUGGUUUAAAAAUUGAAUUAGAAGAGUAAUAGUGUUGAAGGUAUCAAAGUUUUAUUGUGAUAGAGAGAGAGAAACAGAGAGAGAGAGAGAGAGAAUGGUACAGAAUGAGAAUGGGUGUACAACUUUGGUAUCUGGUUUAAUUUGCUAGGUGCUAUAGGAGUGACAUAAUUCCAUAUGUUCACAUAUUGCUGUAUUGUACUAAACAUGUAGGUGACGACUACAUUCGUUUAAAACCCUUGCAUUGUGUAAACAUUUACUAUCACUAGAUAAAUUUUACAUAACACAGCUUUGAUUGAAUUUUUUGAAUUACUGAAUCUUAUUUAAGACUUGUAACAUAUUUUUGUUUUAUAUUUGUUUGAUUGCAUGUCAGUUUAGAUGUUUUCAUCACAAUAUAAUUGCAUUUGUUUAAUGAUUAUUUGCUACUGUUAAACAGUAUGUAAAUUACCUCAUAUUUCAAUUAGUAUUGACACAAAAUUUCAAUAACAGAUAUUGCAAUUUUUCAUGUCUAUAUAAACCAUCCUCUUUAUUUAUCAAUACUGUCUCCAUCAAAUAAUUGAAAUGUGGACUUAAGUUUUAGGUGGACACAUUUUCAAAUUUUUGCAUUCAGUAAUAAACAUGCAAUUCAGAAUUUUUUUAUUGAAUGGCUACACAUUUUGAGACAGUUGUUUUUCAAGCUAACACAUAUGUUGUUUAUUGAUAUAACCUAUUCCUUUUUAUUUUUAUGCAUUAUUUGGAAAUAUUUUGUAUCAUAUUUACUAAUAGGUUGACACAUGCAAAUAUGAAAAUUAAGUUUCUGUUAAGGUUUAGUACUAUCAUCUGUAGGUAAUUAGUGGUUUGUUUAUUUAAUGUAGGUAGAUUUGCUUUAUUAUCGUUAAGCAGCAAUAAUAAAUUUUUACUUGUUUUUUUUUUUGCAUCAGGGAUGUGUUUUGUUUUUUCUUCUAAUUCUCUACAGUGUAAACAAAAAAUUGUGCACAAUACACUAAUAAAUGAUAUGUUUCUUCAAUUAUUACUAUGAUUGACUUACCUUAUAACUUAUAAACCAACAUUCUCUUAGAUACUAUUUACUACAUACUAAUAAUUAUGUAAGGUCAAUAGAUAGAUCAUUAAAUUUCUAGUUAUAGCACUAUUUUAUUUUGAUAAAUCUGAUAUACAAUGUAAAUAAAUACAAAGGUUAGAACAGAUAGGGUCUAGCAGAAGAUGAUAUAUUCUUAAAGAAAUAAGAUAAUUUUAAGCAUCAUGUGAAAUAAAGGUUGGUAUUUAGGCUCAACGUUUUCACAUGUUUGUGAGAGCCUUUUAAAUUGAAAACAAAUGAAUGUUAAAGAUGUUCCUGCUUGAUUUUUUAAGUAAAUCUGAAUACAUGUUUUACUUAUCAGCACCCCCUAUUUUUUCCAAAUUUUGUAAAAAUAUGUGCCAAGCAGACAUCACAAUGCUGAGAUUAAUUUUUUGCAUGUGAUCAAAUGUUAAUAGAUAUUUUUCCAAGAAAACUGAUUGGCUCUUUCAGUAACCAGUCAAAUUUAUUUAUAAAUUAUUAGUACUGUAUUGUGUAAAGAGGUUUGAAUAACUAUUAAUUAAAUUAGGUUGAAAAAAUUGAAUAACACUGCAUAGACGUUCUGUCUAAAGAAAGUCUGGGUAAAAGUAUUGUGCAACACAGACUAUAUAUCAGGAUAAAUGAAUUUUUGUUAUACAUGAUGCUGUAAAGCACAAUCAUUAUUUCAUAUGAAAUAGAAAAUAAAAUAUUUCUGUAUAAAACCAA